UGAGACUAGGUUGAUGCCAAAGCAAAGUGGAUAUUGAUGGAGCAAGACUUAGAAUAAGGUAACAAAUAUAAGUUUUGCUCAAAUCACAAGCCUAUCCAAAUUCCCAUUAUGUGUGGUACUUACUCAAUACUCUUCCCAAAGAAGAAAGAACCAACCUUUAUUUGAGGGUUUAAGUUACACUUUGGAAAAAGGAACAAGCUUUUCUGUACAAGAAUAAUAUCGAGCACAAUCCAUAGAAGCGUCUUUCCUGGGAAUUGGCGAGAGUUUCGCCGAAUUCAUUUAUAUAACUACGAAACAUUUGUUGGAGAUUUAGAUUUCAUUGUGUCUGGGACUGGGGAUGGGGAUGGAGCUAAUGGCGGGAGUAAGAGCUUCACAGCCAAACUGUAUAUUUUGCCAGAUCGCCACCAAGUCCACCAGCACCACACUUCUCCAUUCUGAUGAUAAAAUCGUUGCCUUUCAGGACAUCAGACCUGCGACUUUCAGGUCGAAAGCGAGGAGCAAACGAAUGGGUCUAUGUGGGUUUGUUAUGAAAAUCUCAAAGGAAGGGGAUGAACUAGCCAAGGUAAAGAAGAAAGUUGUGAAGUCUUCCGAAGAGGUUACAAGGGUUCUUAAAUCUACAUCGGACCCAAAUUCUGCAUUUUCUUAUUUUAUGGUUGUUGCUGAUUUACCUUAUGUUGUUCACACCCCUGAAACCUGCAAUUACAUGCUUGAAGUCUUGAUGACUCAUAAGAGGGUGGAGGAUAUGGCUGCUAUUUUCGAUUUCAUGCAGAAGAAAAAGGUUCACAGAACCUCGAACACUUAUCUUGCUAUUUUUAAAAGUCUUUACAUAGGGGGUGGAAUUCAACAAGCACCAAAUGUGCUUGAGAAGAUGAGAAAGGCCGGGUUCAUUUUGGAUGCGUAUUCAUAUAAUUAUUUGAUCUAUUUUCUUCUCCAAUCAGGGUUUUGUAAGGAGGCUUUGGAGGUUUACAAGAGAAUGAUCAUGGAAGGGAUGAAGCCAGGCUUGAAGACUUAUUCAGCGCUUAUGGUGGCAUUCAGAAAGCGAAGGGAUACUCAAACUGUAAUGGAUUUGUUAGAAGAGAUGGAACAUUUGGGAUUGAGGCCUAAUGAUUAUACAUUUAACAUAUGCAUUGGUGCUCUCUGUAACGCAGGUGAACUUGAUAAUGCAAAGGCGUUGUUUGUAAAGAUGAAAGCUAGCAGUCACAAACCUAAUCGUGUAACUUACAUUACUUUGUUGGACAAGUUAAGUGAUUGGGGAGAGUUGGAAACUAUGAAAGAAAUUUGGGAUGAAAUGGAUGCUGAUGGUUUUUCUCACGAUGUAGUUACGUUCACCAUUCUUAUUAAAGCUUUAUGCAAAGCUGGCAAUGUUGACAAAGCAUAUGAUACUUUGGGCGUCAUGAAGGAGAAAGGGAUCUCACCAAAUCUUCAUACUUACAACAUCUUGAUUGGGGGACUAUUAACGGCGAGUAGAUUGGAUGAAGCUCUAAAACUUUUCGGUAGUAUGGAGUCCCUGGGUGUUGUGCCUGACACAAUCACAUAUAAUAUACUCAUUUCAAGUUUAGUGAAAUUUAAGAGUGUCGAUAAGGCUAUCGAUUUCUACUAUGAUCAUGUAGGUCGUGAUUUCUCGCCCUGUCCUCUUACAUAUGGUCCGCUCAUCGAUGGACUUUUUAAGUCAGGAAGACAUGAAGAAGCAAUGCUUUUGUUCGAGGAGAUGGCAAAAUAUGGAUGCAAGCCUAAUUGCGUGAUUUUCAAUAUUCUUAUAAAUGGGUUUGGGAAAACAGGAAAUGUGGAAAUUGCCUGUCAGUUGUUUGAAAGAAUGGUUAAAGAAGGAAUAAAACCAGACCUCAAGACUUACACCAUUCUUGUGGAUUCUCUCUGCCUUUUAGGAAAAUUUGAUGAUGCGCUGUUUUACUUUGAGGAACUAAAGCAGACUGGCCUUAGUUUUAAUUCACAUUGCUAUAACCUUUUGAUUAAGACACUUAGAAGAUCACAGAGGGUACAAGAAGCUCAAUGUCUCUACACUGAAAUGCAGAGGAGAGGAAUUUUUCCUAAUAUUUACACAUACAGCAAACUAAUACUCGAUCUUGAGAUCAAGGGACUGGUGGAGCAAGCAGUGAGUAUAUAUGAAGAACUACAGUUUAAGGGUUUUGAACCUGAUGUUUUGACCUACAAUGCUCUCAUUCGAGCCUAUAUUUCGUUAGGGAAUCCAGACCGUGCUUAUGCAGUUUACAAGAAAAUGAUGGUUGUUGGCUGCGACCUGAAUGUGGGAGCGUUUGCACAACUUCCUAAUCAAACUUGAGCAAUCUCAAGAUCUUUCAGUUUACUAGCCUGUAUUAUUUCUAUUUAACCAUCUAACAAAUUUAUAAUUGUAGAAUUCUAGUCUCUAUAUGUACUUUGAUAAUCAGAUGGCCCUACACAUAACUGAUCUUGUUUUCCAUGAAUACUAUGAUAGAUAUCCCUUUUCUGUGUAAUUUGUUUUUGUUAGCUUUUGUUUAUGUGAAUGUAUUUGUCAAUGACUAGUAAAAGAUUCAAAGAUCGUAGCUUUAUGGAUUGUCAA